GCGAAAUGCUUUGCGGCACACGCGGGGAAGGAGGGGCAGCUGGGCGGCGCUUUGCGGCGGCGCGGGGCGACGGCCGCUGUGAGCAGCGAAAAAGAAAACGUGAGGGGGAAGCCGUCUGGGAAGAAGGAGACAGGAUGGCGGCGGCGUGGCGCCCCGGGGCAGCCGAGCGGGUGCUGACGGCCUCGCCCAACUGGUACUGCAGCCGCUGCAGCGACACCUCGGAGGACGGGCGCCUCUUCGGCUUCGCGGCUCGCAACAGCGUGUGCCUCCUGGAGAUCCGCCCCUCCGCGCCCUCCUUCCACGGUACGGAGCCGGCGCCUCCGCUGCCUGCAUCCUGCGCGGGGCUCCCUUCAAACUUCGGGCUUUUCCAUCCGUGCGCGAGUUCUCAGGGCGGGCUUUCAAUUCUGGGGGAGCGGCUGAAGUAGAGCCUCCUUGUCCAGAGGCAGUAUACCAGAUCACUUGGGAUCCCUCGCCAGCGGGUGUCUCUCUUAUUUCCAGCGUGCCCUCCAGCGCAGCAAGCCCUAAGCACACUUAGGACCGCACGCGCCUUCCUUUGCAAGUGUGGGAGGUCUCUGGUUCAGCCCCUGGGGGAAAGAUCCUGCCUGAAACUCUAAAGCUGUGGUUCCCAACUGGGGGGGGGGUGCAAUUUGAUUUUUAAAGGGGGGGGCAAUUCGAGAAUGAGAUUAACAGUGAAUGGAAUAUAGAGUUAGUCAAACCGAUGUGAGGAAGGGUAAGACACACUGUAUGAGAAGACUAUUACUAAAGCAAGGGUUUUUAAAUUGUGGCCCAUGAACUCUCUAGGAGUCCGAAACCAAAAGGUUAAGAAUCACCGUACUAGAGCAAUUGCACAAUUGUGCCUCCCUUAGCAGGAAAUAGGUUGUAACUUUUCACAAAUAAUUUUUAAAUAGAAAUUAAGAAAGAAGAGAGGGUGUGGAAGCUUUAAACUUAAUUUGGAAGUUAUGCUAAAAGUGUAGACAAUAGGCCUGUCUUAAUAAUAAGCUUUGUUUCCCCCCCAAAAUGCUUGAAACCAAACGUUGCUUUAUUUUACAGCCAUAAUGUUUUCUCAUCACAGGGGAGCUAGUCGGCCACACUGAAAGAGUUUCGGGUUUCUCGUUUUGUUCCUAUCCUGGUCAGAACAACUUCUGUGCCAGCAGCUCUGAUGAUGGAACCGUGAAAAUCUGGGAUACGCAGACAUUGACUGUCAUGACUGAACAUACGUUGCAUCAGGUAAAGCAGUUGACUGCGAUGCCACUGUCAUUUGACAAAUGGGGAAUCAGGCAGCAUUCUCGAGGGAAACUGCUGCUGAUGUCUACUCUACAAGAACAGUGUAUACAAUAUAGCUUUCCAAAAAGCAUCCAUGUUAAUCUUCUUUCUCAAUUCUCUCCCCCGUCUCCAAGAAUACAAUUUCUACAGUGCACUGGUCGCCGAAAAUGAAAGACUUGGUUGUGUCUGGUGAUGAGAAGGGAAUAGUAAUUUGCUACUGGCAUAAUCGAAAUGACAGCCAGCAGUUCUUCCCAGAGCCCAGAACUAUAUUUUGUCUCACCUGUUCUCUGCACCAUGAGAAUUUGGUAGCCAUUGGGUAAGUAUACUAAGGCUGCAUACAUGAUUUACUGUGCAGCUCUAUAUUCAAAAAUCUCAUUAUUUUAUCCGGGAGCAAGCCUGAUUGAACUCAUUGGCACUUACUUCUUAGUAGACAUACAGAAUUGUGCUGUUAGAUUAUUUAGAACUGUACUCGGCCCUGCAGAAAGAGGAAUACAGAAUAAAUGAAAUUCUCACUGACUUGAGUGAUUACAUGUUUCACUCAAUUUUCACCAGGGGAACGUAGAUGAAACUACGGUAGUUUGAUCAUCAGUGCCUGAACUUAAGGACUCAACUCUGUUCUCGGCAUUCCCUAAUUCAUGAAUAGUCUGUGGUUGCCUUUUUUUGCAAUGACUUUUGCUUUUAGAAGAUGCCUAUAACACAUGUGGGGGGGUGCAUUGGUAGAGAAAGAAAAAACGAUUUGAGAGAAAAUAAUUUUCACAUGUCACAUUCUAGAUAUCCUUAUAUAUUUUGCACCUGCUUUUGGAAUUUGUAAACUACAAUGAAACCUUUCAGAGUUAAUACAUCCUGCCAGUUUACUAAGUGGUAACGAUUUUGUCCUGUAGUUACCCUUACAAGGUGGGACGCGGGUGGCGCUGUGGGUUAAACCAGGGAAACCUAAGGUAGCAACCCCAUUCACACUUCACUUUGUAGCAAAUCCAGUUAGUCACAAUGGGACUUAUGUUGCAAGUACUGUAAACAUUCAUGAAUUGGGCAGCAGUGUGUGUUUGUAGUUCUUCGUGAACUGUUCAUGAGCUGUUCUUCAUGUUCUAUAAAUUUUUAUAUUUGCAUCCUCCCUUAUUGGGAACCAAUGGUUCCAAAGUCUUUGCACCAGUCUGUGGGAGGAGGUUUGGAUUGAGCGGUGAUGCCCCUUUGCCAGGCUAAACAGGUCACCACCAACAGAGUGUCUGUAUCCUCUGAGUGGACUUCGAAGGGUAAUGGCUGAUCAGCUGAUCUUUGGGUACAUCAAGUCCCUUUGAAGGCACUUGCUGGUUACAAUGAUCUCCUUUGAAUGUUGACAACUGUCAGUUGCCUGGCAUCAUUAUUAUGUUGGGUGGUUGGCAGUAUUUUGUCCAUGAACAGUGGGGAAAUCAAGUAUUCAUUCCACUAGCUGUAUCCAGUUCCCCACCCCUGUUCUAGACAUAUGUUGCUCUUUCUUUCCUUGUAUAAUGGGAGAGGAGGAAUGUGUGUGUGGAGGAGGGACAGUAGACUGCACAAAAUAUUUAUGGGUUGCAUCUUGUACUGACCUAACUCGGUAAAACAUUAUUGAUAGCUUGAGAAUUCAGGCAUCCCUCCCCUAACGUAUGCCCUUUCUUUUAAGCUAUAAAGAUGGAAUAGUGGUUGUGAUCGACAUCAGCAGAAAGGGAGAGGUUGUUCAUCGGCUGAGAGGUCAUGAUGAUGAAAUACACUCUCUGGCUUGGUGCCCAGAGCUUGGGGAGGAAGGUAUAUGUGGUCGACAAGAUGACUUCCAAGGUAUGUUCCUGUACAUGGGGCAAAGGGGUAGUGUUUGUUCUUGUGAUCAUCACCCUGUAUGUAUUGGGUGCUCUAAGGGCGCCUGAAGACUAUGUAGAAGAUCUUUCAUUCAAAAAUAAAGUAGUACUAUUUAACUUGAUUUCAUGGUACUCUUGGAAGAAGACACUGCUGUUGGAGGUGUGACGGAAGAGGCAGCUGUAACAAAAGGCUAUUACUUGGCAUCAGGAAGCAAAGAUCAGACUAUCCGUGUGUGGAGCUGCACUAGAAGCAGAGGUAAGUGUAUAAAAAUUAGAUUUGUUUCUCUUUGGCAAGGCAUGCUUUGUGCGUGUUUCUCAUUGCUUGCUUUGUGCAUCACCAUUUUGACAGUUCACUGCAUAGUACUGACAUGUUGUAACUGCAUUUAGCACCCCUGACAUGCUAUGUUUUGCUUCCCUAAGCAAGUAUGACAAAACCUCUUCUGAUGCCAUGUAAUUUCUGGCACUGUUGUCAUCCAAGACUGAGUGAAACAUGAAGACAGAGCAGUUCCUUGGUUGAAGUGAAGGAGACUCUUAAACCAAAAAUGCAAUCCUUUGCAUGUUCAGUCAGAAAUAAGCAUUCUAUGGAUUUUCUUCCUUCUAAGUGUGCAAGAAAUUGAAACCUACGAAGUCUGGCCUAGCUAGUCCUAAGUUUUGGUGCCUUGUACUCCAGAUAAUCAAGGGUCAGGAGUUAGAUUGGAUUCUAAGAACUGAGGCAAGAACAUUUCAUAAAGUUCCUGGUUAUUCAUAAGUGCACUUCAAAUACAUGUGAAGAGUCAGCUUUUCAUCUUGGAAGAUAGUUGUUUCGAGCUGUUCUCUCCCUUGUCCUGAUAUCAGUGGAGCCUGGCAGCACUUGUGGGUAAGCAUGCUGUAACCAUUCCUUCUGUUUCUGCAGUGGUAAUGACUCUGAAAUUGCCUUUUUUGAAAAGAAGAGGUGGAGGUGUUGAAACACCUGUGAAAGAACGCCUCUGGUUGACACUACAUUGGCCCCCAAGUCAGCCCACACACAUCUUAUCCAGCUGCUUUGGGUGAGUACUAAAUGCAGUGCAACAGUAAUAGAAAACUCAAUGCAAGCAUGGGAUUUGGGAAUAAUUCCUUGGCAUUCUGUAGUCUCCCCAUUUCUGGAGACUUCCUCCUUUCUCGGCAGCCUGAGCCAUAUAUAGAAUGUGAUUUGUGAAACCUGGUGUGAUGCAGUCUUUCCCAUUCUUAAUGGAAGGAUUUCGUGUAUAUUACCAUUACCAUGUCUAGUGUUUUUUUGCAUGUCUUGCUAUUAUUUUCUUCACAGAGGUGAGCUGCUGCAGUGGGAUUUGACUCAACAUGGGAAGCGGAAAUGGGAACUUCUGGGAGCUUCAUCCGAAGGACAAAACCACUCCAGAAUAGCGUUCAAUUUGUGUUCCUUGCAAGUAGAGGCUAAGCAGCUACUUCUCUCCAUUUCAAUGGACAGGGAUGUAAGAACCGCAAGUCUUUUAAAAUUCUCCAGAAUUUUAUUGUUUUGCAGGGUUACCCUGCUAAGUUGCUGUCAGUAGCCAUGAAUCUGUUCUUAGCAAGCACCUAUUCUAGCCUUAUGCAAAAGCACACUACAUCUCUCCAAAAUAAUUACAGUGGUACUUCCGGUUACGUAUUUAAUUCAUUCCGGAGGUCCAUUCUUAACCUGAAACUGUUCUUAAGCUGAAGCACCACUUUAGCUAAUGGGGCCUCCCACUGCUGCCGUGCCGCCACCGCACGAUUUCUGUUCUCAUCCUGAAGCAAAGUUCUUAACGCAAGGUACUAUUUCUGGGUUAGUGGAGUGUGUAACCUGAAGCAUAUGUAACCCAAGGUACCACUGUAUCCACGUAUUGCAAAUAACUCCGGAAGGGGAGGGUGCUGAAUGAAUUAAUAUGGUGUCUGUCAAGGGCAUUUCAGGGUGAACUGUUCCCAUAAUUCACCUUGACUCACUUUCCAGCUUUAUUGUCUCAUUAACAUUGUCUCUGGACCUCCCAUGAUUUGCUCUGGUCUUUGCCUUCUUCAGCCUUCAGUUGUUAACAGCUCAGCUAUCAGUUCAAACAACUGUCUGUCUUUUGUGUUACCUGUGGUUUUGGAGAUUGUUUUCCGUCUUCUGAGAAUUAGUUUCCUUGAUAAUGUCAAUUUUAUAGACGCGAAAAGUGAUUGAAAGUCCUGUAAUCUUAUAAUAAUAAUAAUAAUAAUAAUAAUAAUAAUAAUAAUUUAUUAUUUAUACCCCGCCCAUCUGGCUGGGCUUCCCCGGCCACUCUGGGCAGCUUCCAAAAGAAUAUUAAAAUACUAUAAUACAUCAAACAUUAAGUUUUCAGCCAGGAAAUAAUCAGACCCAGUCUGGCCUUUUUUUUCUUUUCUUUCUUGUAUUUUGUGGAGACAGGGAAAUGAUUUUGGUCUGCAAGUUCUUAAAAUUCCAUAUAGGGCCACUUAGUCAUCUUUGGAGCUGAUAUCUGCUCAUCAGCACUGCUCCCCUUUUGUAAACAGCAUGCUUCUGGAGAAAUGUUUUGUUAAUUUCCCCCCAUAACCUUUAAUUCCCCCCCCCAUCUCUCUCUUUAGGUGAAGUGUUGGGACCUGGCAACUUUAAAUUGCUGCUGGACGUUGCCUUCUCUUGGGGGUUUUGUGUACUGUUUGGCCUUUUCCCCCGUGGAUACUGGCUGCCUUGCUGUAGGAGUUGGGGACGGCAUGCUUCGGGUGUGGAACACCACGUCUAUCAACAAUCACUAUGAUGUGAAAACCUUUUGGCAGGGCAUUAAAUCCAAGGUCACAGCUGUAAGUGUGUGCUUUGAUGUUUCUCUGUUUUUUAAAAAAGUUCUUCUGAAUCCGAGAUUGAUAUUGGUAGCAAUCUAAAUGGGGGUACGACUAAUGCUUGCUGUACCAGGAAUGUAUGGAAGCACCCAGAGUAGCAGAGUCCAAUACCUGGCAGAUUUGUAAUAGUAAAAAUAAGUACAUUUUCUAAAAUGGCAAAUCUGAUUUAAAAUGAUUGACUUUCCAAUUAAAAUUUUCGCCUUUUGAUAACCUGACGAAUGUGGAAAGCAGCACCUUGUAUAGAUAUAAAUGAAUCCCAGACAUCCACAAAAUGUUGAAAGCCUUGUGGCUCUUUCUGUUUGCAGUUGGCUUGGCACCCAAAGAAAGAAGGCUGUUUAGCUUUUGGAACAGAUGAUGGGAAAGUCGGCAUCUAUGACACCUACUCCAACAAGUAAGAAAUGACUUGGCUUUUGUUGGUCUGUGUGAGUCGGCAGAUUAUAACCAAACUAAAAAAAAAAAUUGAGGAAAUGUUAUAAAGGUGGGGGGGGGGAGUAUUUUUUAAGGAGGUUAUAGAAGGUGGAUAUGAUAGAAGUCUACAAAAUUCACAUUCUAAUGCAAUAAAAGGAACUGUGUGCUCCUGAAAUGUCAUGCCGAAAAUAUUUACAGAUAUUCCAGUAAACAUAAUUUUCUGAAUAAAGCUUUGAAUUUGUUUUGAAUAUAAAAUGUAAACCGUUUUUGUUAAGCUGAUUUACUUCAUUUAAAGUCAUUCAUAAGGUUAAAAUCUGAGCAAAACUGACAUUGGAAAGCUCACAGUGAUUUACUAUUCUCUGAACUGAGACUCGGCAUAAAAAAUUGCAUAUGCAAAAUAGAGCACCAACAAUCUCCUAAAAUUUGCCGUGGAAGAAUGCAAAAGUAUCUUGAAAAGUUCUGCCGUUCUAACUUUUGCUUCCUAACUUGCUUAGCCAUUUUCACACUUUGAUUUCUGUUUGCAAUCUUUUUCAAUUAUGCUUUGCAUUUUACACCAGAUAAUGCAUGCUCGGUGAGCUUUCUGUUAAAUAUGACACCCAAAUUCUCCUUUAGGCCCCCACAGAUCUCCAGCACCUUCCACAAGAAAACUGUGUACACAUUAGCCUGGGGACCUCCCGUCCUUCCGUUGUCCUUUGGUGAGUCUGGGGAAUCCAUCUAGGAUCACUGAAAUAGCCUUUAAGAAGCUAACUAGCAGACAGUGGGGUGUCUAUAGUCUCCAGUGUUAAGAAUCAAAGCAUAGUACUAUACUUGUUUCCUCCUGCUCUGGAGGGUAGGACUUGAGGCAACGGAUUCAAGUUACAAGAAAGGAGAUUAUGACUAAGCAUUGGGGGGGGGGGACUUUUUGACAGGAAGAACUGUUAGACAGUGGAACAGACUCCCAUGAGAGGCGGUGGACUCUCCUUCCUUGGAGGUUUUUAAGCAAAGGUUGAAUGGCCAUCUGUCAUGGAUGCAUCAGCUGAGAUUCCUGCAUGGCGGGGUUGGACUAGAUGACCCUUGAGUCCCUUGUUCUAUGACUUCUGAUACAUUCUAUGUACUGUAUGCCUGUCCCUGCAUUCUCCAACAUUACUGUGUACAAAGAAAAACAACUGACGUUUAAGAAAUUUGUAUUCAUUGUGCCCUGUCUAAAAAUGUUGCCACACAGUGUGAAUCGUGAGUCAAAGAAAUUGCCAUUGCCUGUUAAGUAUCGGGUGGGGCAGUAGUGCAUCUGGCUUAAUUCUUCAGUGAUUUUGUUGUCAUGGGGAGAAGAGCCCUGUUGCAUUAAUGUUAAUCAUUGCAUGGGGUUUUGCUAGCAGGAUUUAGUUAGUUGAAUCCCGUCCGAAAUGUUUUGCUAAGCUGGUUAGCACACUUCUUUCUGCCAGUUGUAUUCAAGGUGUCUGCUUUUAAAAAGACUAACAGGUUUAAUUUAUUUAUUUGUUUCUCUCUUGCAGGAGGGGAUGGUGACAGACCUUCAGCAACUUUGUAUAGUUGCGCAGGAGAGGGGAUUGUCUUUCAGCACAAUCCUUGGAAACUUGGUGAUGAAGCCCAUGACAUCAACAAACUAAUCAGAGAAACUAAUUCAGUCAAAGUGAGUAAGAAUUUACGGGCCAUAGGUGAAAUUCACCUGUUAAAGUCUUCUCCAUCUGUUCUGUGUUGUGCUCGUGGCAGUGCAGCCUUUGAUACUGAUGGGCUGAGUUAGGUGUGCUGCUGCUCAGGGAACCGAACAAUUUGCAGUACAGUUUCUGAAGGAAAAGAGAGUUGUCAGUUCAGCUGGAAUUAAAACUGUGGGCCAGGAAGAGCCUCCAGGGGGUUGGGAAGCUGAGGGAGUCCAGAGGCAAAGAGGCUGAAGGAAGGGCAAGGGAAUGGCAGGGCCUCCGAAGACCUAGUAUGCUCAAGUUCAGGAGGUGGAACAAAGUGAUCUGAAAAGCAAAGACCUAAGAAAAGGAUUGGGGUUUGAAACAUGGAACUGUAGAAAAGUGAAACCAUGAUUAAAUUAGAACAGCAGGGAAAUAGCGUAGGCAUGAGGGGGAAUGGGAAUUGUGUACUACUAGGAGGAAGACAGUGGGAAGGAAAGGGAGUAAAAGGAUCAAAGGAUUGCUAGGCCUAAGAUUCCAGAUCUGGAAUGGGAGUUUGAUGGAGGAGAGAGUGUGCACACAGUGUCAUCGCCAUGAGUGUGUAUGGGGCUCUGAGGAAAGAGAAACAUUUUUUCCUUCCUUGUUGAGCAGUGAAGAAUGAAAGAGGUGCUAGGAGGAAGGCAGCCACAAUUGAAGUGAAAGCUGUGUAGGUUAAUUGUAGGGACACUUUCUGGAAGACGUCUUUUGGUCUUCUGUACUACUUUUUUUUUUUGUCAGGCUUUAUUCUAAAUUUUCAACUAUGGAAUUUAUUCCCACAAGAGCUAGUGAUGACCAUGAACUUGGAUGACUUUAAAAGAGGAUUAAACAAAUUCAUGGCUAUUGAUGGCUGCUGCCCUUGAUGACUAUGUAUGUCUCUGAGGCAGUAUUUCUCUGAAUACCAGUAGCUGGGAAACUGCUGGAGAGGAGAGCUCUGUUAAGCUCAGGUUCUGUCUGCGGGCUUCCCAUAGGCAUCUGGUUGGCCACCGUGAGAAGAAGAUGCUGGACUAGAUGGGCUACUGGGCUGAUCCAGCAGGCUCCUUUCUAGCUUUCAGCUAUUAAAUUUAUUAUUAGUUUAUUUGUAUUUUAUAUAGCAUUGCAUGGAUCUGUUGUUUUGUUGUAAGCCGCUUUGAGCAUGGUUUUUGUGUGUGUGGAAAACCAGCAUACAAAUAAGAUGUAUGACUGAUAAACAAAACUUUGAGGUGUUGUUUUUCACUAUAUAUAGGGUUUUUUUAAAAAAUGUUUUUGCCAUUUAUUUGAUACAUUGUGGACCAUUUGGGGCACAAUCUGGUGGAAGAAAGCUACAUACAAAUAGACAGAUGAGUGAAUGAGAGGAGAAUGCCAUCAGCUGUCACUACAGCGCUAUGACUUAGUAACCCUGAGAGGAUUACUGCAAGAGCAAAGUAAGAGGCUGCUGGCGAAGGGGCUGAAUUUCACACUUCCAGUUCUUAAGCUGCAGGCUGCUACUCUGAUUUCCAUCCAUCCCACAAUUGCAAAUCUGUUGUAGAUUUAGCACACUUGAGAUUCCAAACCUUCAAUUACGAACUUGAGCAGAUGUUUUAAAGACCUCCCCAAACCUCAGCACAUCUGUCCCUUGUUGGGGCUCUCUUUCUGCAUGUUCGGGCAUUGCAUCGUCUCUUGUGGUGAGGCUGCCAUCCAUUGUUCUUACUCUUCUGUAACCUAUUUGCACAGGAAAGCCUGGAUGAACAAUUGACAUGACUUUGGCUUCUGGGCCAGCCAUGUGUUGGCUGGUGCUAGCCUGAAGCUUUUCAUAGUCUAUAAACACUCGUAAUUUAGUUUCAAAGCUAUAGUGUGCGCCUCCUUCUUGGCGUGAGCAAAUGUCCUUAACGCCGUUCUGCUGAAUUAAGGAAAUAAGGCAAGGAAUGAGAGGCCAGAGAACAGGGGUGGAACAGAGGUUUUGAGUUCCCCCCUUUUGGCUUGUCAGACAAUGGUGUGUCUCCUGAAUUUUCCUGUUUACUUUUGUCAUAGCAUUCUACAUUCAGGGAGAAGUUGCAGUUGCUUUAUAGGUUUCACACAUCUGCGGCAAGAUGCAUGGCUUGGAAAUCCAACUACAAAUGGAAAAACGUAAUCAAAUGUUUUCAGGAGAUUGUAGGGAGGCGGUAGUUAUAUGGCCACAAAUGGCUUUUCCCCGCUGGUGUUUCUUGUGCCUUGGCAUGUUGGCUAACUGAAAUUGUUCACUUGUGAAAAUUGGUGCAGGAAUUUCAUGGAUUCCCAUCUCCUAUGUGCCCCCUCUCUUAACCCAGGCAAUUUUGGAAGAAACUGAUUUUCUGGAUCCAUUUCAAUCGGGGUUUAGGCCUGGUUUUGGCACAGAAACUGCUUUGGUCGCCCUAUAUAAUGACCUCUGUUGAGAGAGAGAGACGAGGGAAACAUGUCCCUGUUCUUCUCAACCUCUUAGCAGCUCUUACCAUCAACCCAUGGUAUCCUUCUGGAGCGACAGUCUGAACUAGGGGUGGGUGGCACCGCUUUGUGGUGGUUCCAUUCCUACUUGGAUGGUUGUUUCCAGCGGGUGUUGCUUGGGGAAUGCUUUUCAGCCCCGUGGAACCUCCAAUGUGGGGUUCUGCAGGGCUCAAUCCUAUCCCCUACAUUGUUUAACAUCUACAUGAAACCACUGGGUGGGGUUAUCUGUAGGUUUAGAGUACGUUGUCAGCAGUAUGCUGAUGACACUCGGCUCUAUUUCUCCUUUACAUCUGCAGGUGAGGCAGUGGAAGUGCUGGACUAGUGUCUUGUCUCAGUAAUGGACUGGAUGAGAGCCAACAAACUGAUACUCAAUCCAGAUAAAGCUGAGGCACUGUUAGUGGGUGGUUCUCUAGACCAGAUAGGUGGCAGAUCACCUGCUCUUGUUGGGGUUACACUUCCUCUGAAGGAGCAGGUUCGUAGUUUGGGGGUCCUCCUGGAUUCUUUGCUGUCGCUCGAGGCUCAGGUGGCCUUAGUGGCCCAGAGUGCCUUCCAUCAGCUUCGGUUGGUAGCCCAGCUACGCCCUUAUCUGGACAGGGAUAGCCUAACUAAUGUUGUCUAUGCUCUGGUAACUUCAAGGUUAGAUUACUCCAAUGUAUUAUACGUAGGGCUGCCUCUGAAGACAGUUUGGAAACCUCAGCUAGUGCAGAAUUCAGCGCCAGGUUGCUCACCAGAGCAAGAUGGUUUGAGCAUAUUACACCGAUCCUGGUCCGAUUGCACUGGCUACCAAUUAGUUUCCGGGCCCAAUUCAAAGUGCUGGCUUUGACCAAUUAAGCCUUAAAUGGCUCAGGACCGCAGUGCCUCACGGACCACCUCUUUCCAUAUGAACUUAACCUGGUCCCUGAGAUCAUCUUCUGAGGCCACUUCUUUGUGUGUCUCCUCGAGAGGUCAGGAGGGUGGCAACACGAGAACGGGCCUUCUCUGCAGUGGCUCCCCGUCUCUGAAAUGCUGUCCCCAGGGAAGUUCACCUGGCACCUUCAUUAUCCACCUUUAGAUGCCAGGCAAAAAUGUUCCUUUUUAACCAGACCUUUGGUUGAUUUGAUUGACAUCCUAUGCCCUUUCAAAAUGUGGGGUGUGGUUUUUGUUUGGGGGGGGUGUUAAUGGGUUGUUGUUUUCAUUUUGAUUGUGUAUUUUGUGGUUUCAUACAUUGCUUUUAUUAUUUGAACCGCCCUGAGACUUAUACCGUAUAGGGCGGUACAGUGGUGCCUCGCAAGACGAAAUUAAUCUGUUCCGCGAGAGUCUUCGUCUAGCGGUUUUUUCGUCUUGCGAAGCAACCCUAUUAGCGGCUUAACGGAUUAGCGCUAUUAGCGGUUUAGCGGCUAUUAAAGGCUUAAAGGCUUAGCGGAUUAGCUGCUAAAAGGCUAUUAAAGGCUAUUAAAGGCUUAGCAGGUUAGAUAAAGGGGGCGAAAAGCGAAAAAAAAAUCUCAAGACUUGCAAGACAUUUUCGUCUUGCGAAGCAAGCCCAUAGGGAAAUUCGUCCUGCGAAGCAACUCAAAAACGGAAAACCCUUUCGUCUAGCGGGUUUUCCGUCUUGCGAGGCAUUUGUCUUGCGGGGCACCACUGUAUAUGAAUUCAAAUAAUAAUAAUAAUCAGUUCUCGUGUAUUUUAUUUUUUUGCUGGUUAUAUAAAAAGAGUGUCGGGACUAUUGAGGUAGCUCUCUACUUCUUUGUCUAUUUCAUUUUAGCACAAACUACCAGCACACACAGAGAUCAGCUGGAAACCAGAUGGCAGCAUCUUGGCUAUUGGUAAUGAAGAUGGGUAUGUACUAACAUUUAAGUUCAUGCUAACUUUAUAUAUGCAGUAGGCAUUGUGGAUUUAAGGUCAGUACAGGGUGUACUUAACAACCUUCCAAAUCUAACUUAAUUUUAAACAUGACAAAAAUAGAAGUGGCUUACUUGGACGUACUAAGCUGUUUAAUUUUUAUUUUUUUGCUAGCCUAAGGAGUUGCAUAUAUUGUUUUGGGAAGGCAGGUGGCAAACGUUUUUGUUUGCCACAUUAUUCAACUUGUUAAUUGAUCAUCUCUUCCUUUCUCCCCCUCCUUUAUUUUUAAUAUUGCAGUUCUAUUGAAAUACUUCGGGCUCCUGACUUGAAACUCUUGUGCACCAUCCAGCAGCACCACAAGCUCAUCAAUGCUAUUCGCUGGCAUCACGAUCAUGGGGCACAGCCAGAACUGAGUUACAUGAUAGCUUCUGGCUCAAACAACGCCGCCAUUUAUGUACACAAUAUCAAGAGUGUCAUAGGUAACUCUUGCUCAUGCUUUUAGAACCUGCCAUCAGUCGCUCUGUUCAGACAGCAAACUGGCGGUGCUGCUAUUUCUCCUCUUCCUGGGCAAUGUUGGUUCCUUCAUGGCUUCAAACGCUAAAGGAUUCUUCCUUCUCCGUUUGUUUGAGCAAUGCUCUGUGUGUAUGUGCGUCAUUGCACAGAUCUGCUUUUAUGGAAGUGUCAAGAGAUAACAGCAGCUAAGUCUGGAAACCUCGUUUUUUUGUGUGUGGUACAGCAAAAACCUGUGUUCCUGUGAAACUAUUUUCUCAGUGAAGUUUGGCAUUCAUGGGAGAUUUCUGAAAAAACUGUAAACUAUAUGAUAAAAUUAGCCUUAAUGUUAGCAUGUUGUCUUGGGUUUGGGGGGCACUGGAACUAAUGGGGUAACAGAGAACUGAAAUGAUGACAGUAACACAGAACUAGCAUGUUCAGGAGCUGAUUGUGCAGUCAGAGAUUUGACAGAAAUUAUGUUAUGCCCAACCAAAAUUGUGAUCCUGGACUGGUAAUACCUGCUCAGAUGAAACCAUUAAUCUUGGUAGAUUCAAAUUUGCUGAGCAAAUAGGAUGCAAGGAGUAUAUUGUUAUUGAGUCACCAUUAGCUUUGACCAGGAAUAGGCAAACUUUGCCCUCCAGAUGUUUUGAGACUACAACUCCCAUCAUCCCUGACCACUGGUCCUGUUAGCCAGGGAUGCUGGAAGUUGUAGUCCCAAAACAUCUGGAGGGCUGAGUUUGCCUAUGCCUGGCUUUGACAGUACGCUUUGCUUCCCUUACGUUGUGAUGGUUGCAUUUCCCCCCCAGUAUUGUUGUGUUAAAUCCACUGAAGUCAAACUCUUCAGAAAUUCAAGCAUUAAUAUUGUUGCUGUCUUGAGAGAACUGCAAGAAAACUAUCCUUGGGAACACAUUACUUAACAGCACAUUGGUGUGUAUGGCAUUAGCCAUUGUGACAGAAGAUUUCUAGAGUGUGGACAUGGGCUACUGUUCCCUUGUGCUUGCGCUGCCAAGGGUCUCUGACCAAAUAACAUUGGCACCUUUAGAAGCAAUUUUUAUUCUCUGACAUGCAUUUAGGAACAUUUGUCCAGCUGCUUCCAACACCAUGUAUUUUGUCUUUAGAAAACUCUCCAGAGAGACCUGUGACAAUAACUGAACCUUUCCGUACUUUGGCGGGGCACACAGCUAAGAUUACUAGCUUGUCUUGGAGCCCACAUCAUGACGGGCGGCUCGUAUCUGCUUGCUAUGAUGGCACUGCCCAGGUAUGAUUGUGAAAGGGUUGUGAUUUUUGUACAGUUCUUCCCUCUGCCACCGCUAAUUAAAUAGAUAAGGGAUUUAGGGAUGCCUAUUUUGCUCUUCUUUUUAAUCAAGGAGAGUUGUAUCUUGAAUAGUGGCUUCUUUUGCUACAUUUUGUACAGAGUACACAAUAUGUGUGUGCUUUGUUAGGUGUUAAGGAGGCACUUGUGUAAAUAAAUGGAGGCAGCUGCCAUGAAAGGGUCCUGCUUUAGGAUAUUUUGUAGGUGAAAUCAGCACUUUUAUAGACGGGUGCAUUCUUGUAUUUUGCCUUUCUUGCAAAACAUAAGUAAUAAGAAAAAACAACAUAAGUUUCUUCCUAAGUGUACUUUGGUGUGUGUGUAUAUAGAAUCCAGGAAGUGUACAUUGGGUGUGUGUACACAGAGAGAGAGAGGAAACUGAUCUUGUACAAAUAUGCCAUGAGCAAAAAAUGGCAAAUUAAGAAAAAUGGGAUGUGGGUGAAGAGAAUGCCCAAACAGAUAGUAGGCAUUCUUUGCACAGACUCUGUUGGAAGUGCUGCCUGCUGUACUCCAAAGUGGAGGGGUCUGGAGACUCAGAUGCUCCUCCUUUGAGAUGACCCAGUUGCAUUAGCCUUCUUACUGAAAACAGGAAAAGUUUUGACUGCUUUUCUUAAUGAGAGGUUAUGUUUACAGGUUUGGAAUGUUCUGAAGGAAGAGCCUUUGCACAACUACAGGGGACACCGGGGCCGGCUGCUUUGUGUGCAGUGGUCACCUGUGGAAGCGGACUCCAUUUAUACUGGAGCAGAUGACUUCUGUGUUCAUAAAUGGGUAGCUACAAAGCAAGAGCACAGCCGCCCUCCCCAAGGUCAGUAGAUUGCUGAUGUGUUGACACCAGGGGGACGAGGAAGGGGGUGAGGGGAAGUAGAUGCAUUUGCUUCAUUUAGUUCAGUGUUUCUCAAACGUAGCCCUAGGGAGUGUUCCUAAGUCAGCAGGAAUUGAGGCCUCAUGAAGUGUGAUGAAGAUGAGAGCUCACCUGGCAGCAAAGACAGAGCUCCAAAGAAUGAUGGUGAGCACAACUCAUCAGUGCAAUUCGUCUGGUUCACCCUCCUUGGGUGAGGGUGUGUGGCUAUUCUCCCAAGCGCAUUUUGAACGCACACAGCUUUUAUUUUCAGGACAUUUCUGUUAUUUUGUAGGUAAGAAGAACAUUGAAUUGGAGAAAAAGAGAAACACUCAGCUCAAACCAAAAGCCAAGAAGAAGAAGAAGACCUUGGGAAAGGUGCCUUCAAUACCAGAUGUAAGUGACUGGGUGAAUGGUGGUGAGAACGCGAAAGAGUCUUUCUUAGAGGAGAAUGGCCUGUCUGACCAAGAGGGAGAAAAGGAGCAACAGGAGCAGGAUACAGUUGAGAGGAUUUCCAUGGAAGGUAUCUACUUCGUUUGUAUGUUUUCUUACACCAUCUGUCCAAAGAUUCCCCAGAUCUUGUUUAAAGAGCAGAAGGUCCCUCUCUGGUCUGCAAAUGGAACUGUGGAUAUAAUCAUUUUCAUACUAGUUCAAAGAGCGGAGAUUAACUUUUAAGUGGUUAUGAGAAUGGCUGUCAUCUUUAUUCAUUUUAUUUGAAAUUUGAAUACCGAAAGCAAAGUAGGAUGAACCCUUGACAUCUGGCACAAGUAAGAUCUCUGGGCUCUUAGUUUAUGUAGCUCUGAAAUCAGACUGUGUUGUCUUUGAGGUAAACUAAACUGAACUGGAAGUUGGCCUACACUUCUCAGCUCUCUUACACUUUACCUGUUUUUCUUUUUAAAAAAAAUGAUUUUUAUUAACAAACCAAUCAAAUCACAUUAGUUCCAAAUUACAAAACCGAAUUUUAAAUUUUUGUUGGGGGUACCCAUGCUUCGAGCUCAGAAAGGGUCCAAUCAUCUCUUAUUUUCUACUGCUUUGAUGUUCACAGUUCUGUCCAUUCAUCUCUUUGUUAUUUUCCUUUACAAAUCAUCUUUCAAUUUUCUUGUUGUUAUCGUAUUUUUUUCCUUUCUUUAUAACCUCUGAAAGUCUCCACAAGCAAGUUGAAACGAACGUUGUUAUAGUCCUGUGUGGAUUUUCACAUUAAUCCAAAAGUCAUAUUCAGACGGCAGACGCCAUUUCGACAUUUCCAUAAAAUACAGUCUCAGCAUCUGCUCAUUAGCUUUCUCAGACCUGUUGCUCCGACAUCAAUCUUUUCAGGGGGUUCUGCCAGAUCAAACGGAGAGUCAAAUAUGAUAACAAAACCGUGGCUUCCUCCCCCUCUUGACCGUCAAUCCUGCAACAGAGCCUGUCUUGUCAUGGCAGUUCUCUUUUAGAACUGUGUCAUCCCAAAAGCCUUCCAUUUCCUUUCCAGAUCUUCCACAAAGCAAAGCCUUUGGUUAAUAAUUCAUUUCCACACAGGUCAUUAUUCGAUCUUACUUGUUAUUGGUAAUUGCAACGUUUCUUCUUGGGGGGGUUGUUAGGCAAUCACAUAGAGAAAAAAAGAAGUCCCCCCCCCCUUUUCCGCCGCGUUCCAACAUACCGACAUCUUUGAUGUAGUCUUCUUUGAUAUAUUUUCCUGUUCAGUCCAACCCGUCGCUCAGCUUCACAGAGGUCAAUUCAGUUAGCAAUCAAUACUCCCUUUCUUCACUCGAAACAUGUGCAUUUGCUCUUCCUAAUUGUUUAUCUUGAGCUCCUGCAACCAGGUCACGAUCAGAAGUAGCGUCCGGGAGAGCGAAAAAAACUCACACAAGGGCUUUCCGUCUAGUGCCCUCACCCCUUCCUUCUUUCGAAUUCGGGGGUGAUUUAUAGGCAACCGCAGACGAGGCAGGGUUUUCCCAAUCCCCCUGGGAAAACCUGGGAGGCUAAUUACUCCCAUAUUAGCCUCUUAAUUACCUCAUGUGAGCCGGAGAGAUGGUAUUGUCGGCCAUCUUCCAAUGCGCCCCCAGCGGCCCCCUACACUUUACCUGUUUUUCAACCAGCGUUGAAAGCCAGAGGCCAUGAAAUAUUUCAUAGGAAAUAAGAAGCAUGUGAACAUCAGUUCUAUUUUGCCCAGCUUUUAUUUAUUUUUUCAAGUUUCUGUUUCCAUAGCAUGUAUAAAGUUGGCCAUUUUUAUGCUAGACAUUAUGCAAAUGUAGUUUUGUUAUUCACUGUAGUUCAUAAGGAUUCUCCAGUGUGUUCACCGCUUGCCUGUGUGACCGAUAUUCCAAAACCACCUGUGAUCCACAAGACCCCGCUUGUGAGGAAGGAUCAGUUUAAACCAGGUAGGUAUGCAUCCUGUAGGAGAAAUCUAGGGAGGCUACAUAGGAUGGGGACAUGUUAAGCCUUCUUUGCUUUAAAAAGGAAAUACAUUUGCUUGUAUUACUAAUUGUGGUUUAGCGCACCUGACCAUCAGCCAUGCUGCUUGGGGCUUAUAGGAGUCCAAAAUACCUGGCGAGCACUAGGUUGGGGAAGGCUACUUUAGCUCUUAAAUAAUGAUACAAGCCUGUGGCUAGAGAUUCCCACUUGUAGCCUAGAACGAUAUUAUGGCAACUCUCUUGUCAGGAUCAGAUUCUUCUGUGAAGAGGAAAAAGCCUCGCUCCAUCCUACCUCUCAGCACAUCUAUGGACCAUAGGUCAAAAGAAGACCUGCACCAGGACUGUAUGAGACUAGCAGCUUUCUUGCACUCCAAAGGUAUGGGCAGCAAAUUCAGUAAUGAUGGCUACGCUUGACUGUGCUCAGCUGAAAUGUGUGUUCUGUUAAAUAACAUGGGUUGAAAAUAUGCAAAGUAGGCCAGGGUGUCUUUAAUAGAUGAAUACAUAUGAAACAGUAAAUUGCCAUUCCAGAGAUUAAGCAGAAAAUCUACUUGCGAACAAAAGGACAUCAAACUGAACAUAAGAAGAAUGUGUGUAUGGGAGAGCCUCAAUCUGAGUGGUCAUCUGGAAUCUGUUCUUGGGCGGCGGGGGGGGGGGGGAGUUCUUAAAGUACCGUAUUUUUCGCUCUAUAACACGCUCCCAACCAUAACACGCACAUAGUUUUUAGAGGAGAAAAACAAGAAAAAAAAAUUCUAAACGAAACAGUGGAUGUAUGAUUUUUGUGGUUCAUGCUGUGGCCACAGACAUGUAAUCUGACGGUGAGUUUGGGGUAGCCGAAUGCAAAAAUCCUGAGGAUCUAUGUGGAUCCGUGCUUUGUAACCACGUUUUUGCACCACUGCGGCCCCAGGCAACAGUGGGUGCGUGAUUUUGUUUGGUGCAGGCUGUAGCCAUGGACAUGCUAUGUGAUCUGAUGGUGAAUUUGGGUGACCCAGUGCAAAAAUCCUGAGGAUCCAUGUUGAUCCGUGCUUUGUAACCACGUGAAUGAAGGAACUGUCAGUAAUGUAUGGUGUCUCCAAUACAGUGAUGAAGGAGGGGGGGGGGGGAGCUCACACUUGUCCUAGGCAAAGCAGCCAACUCCUAUAGGCCUAGGUGCCUUCACCCCCCAUUAAAUAUUUGAGGGAGUCAUUCUCUCCCCAUGCUGAUGGGCAUUGCCAUUCAUAUAAGGUACCAGUGUGCAUGCACAUUGUCUUGAGAUCAUUGCAGUCUGUGAGAUGGGGCUUACCUGUACCUGCCCCCCCAAUAUUUUAUUGAAGUUGGAAGAGGGAGGGAGGGAGGGAGGGAAGAGAGAUGGAGAGCUCACAUUUGUCCUAGGCAAAGCAGCCAACUCCUAUGGGCCUAGGUGCCUUCACACACACACCCCAUUAAAUAUUUGAGGGAGUCAUCCCCCACCCCCCCCUUGUGGUAUGUGAGUGGGGUUUACCUGGCUGUCCCCCCAAUAUUUUUUGAAGUUGGAAGAGGGAGGGAGGGAGGGAAGGAAGAGAGGGGGAACUCACAUUUGUGCAGCUGCCUUGCCUCGAACCGGAGCAAAAAGAGGAGGAGGAGACUCAGGGACACGAGCCUUGUAAGCCGCUUUGUUUGAAUUUACCGGUGAGGUGCUGGGGGAGGGACGGAAGGGGAUGCCCUCUUUGUCCCUCCUUCCAGCUCAUUGUAAAGAAAGCAGAGUAAGAGCCGCUUACAUUUGUGUAAGGGAGAGCCAUAGAGCAGGCAGACACUGAGAAAGAGAGGCUGUCUCCCUUUCCCCACCUUGGCUUUUACACGCUGCGCGCAGCUCUUGCCGGCUUCCAAGCGCCCACCUCACCAAAAAACCAUAGAGCAGGCAGACAGGAGAAAGAGAGGCUGUCUCCCUUUCCCCACCUUGGCUUUUACACGCUGCGUGCAGCUCUUGCCGGCUUCCGAGCUGCCUCCCUUCUCCCACCUCGCCAAAAAGCCAUAGAGCAGGCAGACAGGAGGAAGAGAGGCUGUCUCCCGACACUCAGCUGUUGCUCAGCUGUUGCCGGCUUCUCAGCAAGGAAGAGAGGCUGCCGAACAGCCAGCAAGAGCGGCUCCUCCUGCCUGCAUUCGCUCCAUAACGCGCAGACACAUUUCCCUUUACCUUUUAGGGGGAAAAAACUGAGUGUUAUGGUGCGAAAAGUACGGUAAUUAUGGUUUUAGGCCGGGCCGCAAACUUCACCGAGUUCUUUGUAUAUUAAUAGUGCUUUAUAAGUAAUCGAGAACUGUAAAACUACUCAAAAUAUUUUACCCUGUCAUGAGGAACAUAAACGUAUAUGUGAAACAGAAGGUGAUUUUUUUUUCUUUCUUAUAGCUCAGAAUGAAGAUAGAUCCUCUUGUUCAAAGGAUCCUAUCCAUUUGGGGCUAUUCACAGACAGACCUGCCCUGUACAGAAUGAUAGAAGCAGAAGGUUAGUCCUUGAAUCCUAACUCAGGUUUUCCCACCUUCUUUUUUUGGGGGGGGGGGGUGAUAUUUGUGUGGCUGUUUAGUACCUAGUGAAUCCAUCAAGCUUUAACCUUGAAAUAAGUGGCUCCUCUACAUUCUCUUGUACGCUUGUAUGACAAAUUGCCUAAUAUUCAUUCCAACUACAGAAAAUAAGGGUGGUGUGGGUAGGGUAGGUGUUUAAGGGCUGAGGUGGCAGCAUGGUCUCAAAAUUUCACCAUUAAACUGAAGAGCUCAUAGUAGAAAGCCGGUAUAGACAUUGUGUUCCAGUGGUGACUUGAAUAUUUUAUCGUUGUUUUGCUGUACGCAUUUUUCCGUUCUCCUUCUGUGGUGCUAACCAGGGAACACGUUUUGUUUCCCACAGGAAAAAGCCACUUGGAGAAUGGACACCCGGAAUUAUUUCAGCAGCUCAUGCUGUGGAAAGGAGAUCUGAAAAGUGCUCUUCAGUCCGCUGCAGAAAGGGGAGAGCUGACAGACCAGCUGGUGGCCAUUUCACCAAUGGGUAUGUUUUGAUAUCCCUCACCCCGAAAGAAGCACCUGCUACUUUGCUACCAAGCAGGCUUAAUCCAGACACAGCAAAACCAGGCUACUCUGAGGGCUUAGUGGCUGGACUCCGGAGAACAGAAUAAUUAUAAAGUGGUUUCCUCCCCCACAGUUAAGAAUCCUGCGUUAUCUUUACACUACAAGACAAGAAUGUUUUUCCGUUCUUGUAGGAAGUCCUUUCUUGUAUGUGUUCACUUCAUUGUUGUAUUAUAAUUUUGCUGUCACUGUUUCAGCUGGCUAUCAGACCUGGGCAUGGACUGUAGAAGCCUUCGCAAAGCAGCUCUCUUUUCAAGAGCAGUACGUUAAAGCCGCGUCCCAUCUCCUCUCCAUUCAUAAAGUGUAUGAGGCUGUGGAGCUGCUGAAAUCACACAACCUUUUCAGGUUACUAUACUCCUGUUGUUUUGAUGGGUUACAAUGUAGAACACCCCCCCCCCCGGCCGCUUAAAAACUAAAAUACAUUAAAUCCUAGUUAUUAAAAGUCCUGGGAAUAGUGAACACUCAGAUCCAUUCCUUCAGUUGCAUUUCUGGAUAUGUAACGAAGGAAAAUGUAUUGCCAGAUAAAUCCAUAGCUGGCAGCCUUUUAAGUGGCAGUGGGCAAAGAUGGAUAUAUCAAAUUUAGCGCAAGGGUGUAAUAAACGGUUGUGUUAGAGCUGCGUAAGGAGCUGGUGUAGUUACUUUUCUCAUUUUAAAUAACACUGUAUUCUAUCCCACCUGGUAAAGAACCUGGCCCAAUUCGCACAUGUGUUCAAGCCCCAAAAGAUCAAGUGAUUACUCGCUUGUACAUGAACCAUUGCAGAUGAAUGGUCAUAGAUAGGUCAUACAUGCCUGUUACUACGCAGAUAAAAUCCUUCCAGUGACAGUAAUUCACACAUACAUGAAAGACUUGCCAACUUUUGAGCAAUCGUGUGAUUUCUCUACUGCUGUAUGUGAGCCUGUAAAGUUCACAGAUAAUGCAACAGUGCUACAAGUCAUUCAAGUUAGACUGUUGCUGGUUUAGUGAAUGCCUUGGCAUCUGAAUGAAGUAGAAUCAAUUCAUGAUCAUUGUUAGGAUCAACUUCCUUUUGAAGUAACGGAAGCAUGCUCGUUUUUCCUGUGCAUUAGUGUGGUGUAUCUAAAUGGUUUUCUCAUUUCCUCCAGGGAAGCCACUGCAGUUGCCAAGGCUAGGUUGCGUCCUGAAGAUCCCGUUCUGAAGGAUUUGUACACCAGCUGGGCAGCAGUGCUGGAGAAGGACGGCCAUUAUUCCAUGGCAGCCAAAUGGUAUUGGUGCAAGCAACACUUUUCUUACUUUAAAUGAGAGCUGUUUUGAACCUAAGAGCCAGGAUCUCCUAAAUAAUUUGGUUGUUUUGGAGAGUCUUCCUUCCAACAUGAGAUGUUGGAGGGCACAAUCAUUUAAUUGGUGCAGAGUACUGUAGAACUGUGAUCCACAGAUUUUGGAAUGUGACAGCCAGCUCAAUGCUGUUCACUUCAACCUGAUCUUUGCCAUCCUCAAUGUGAUGUGCAGUAAUGGCCAUGGUGAAUAUUGAAUCGCUUCCCUUCAGCUGCUUCUUAGGCAGAGGUGAGGAACCUGCAGGUUGCCUGACGUACUGGGCCCACAAGGUCAUUUUUCCAAAAUUCCAGCCACCUGCACCUGACAUCAUAUGCAAGGUAGAAAUGCCAGCUGCAGACAGCAGGAUGGAUCUGAUGCAUAAGGAGUUGAAUCCUGCUCCGUUCCCUCUAGGAAUGUGUGGAUUGCCCCAAAGUUUCAGCAAAGAGCACUAAAACACAUACCUCUAUUCUGAUUGCUUCUUUUGUGCAGGGUCAUCAGUCCUGCUCAGUUGGGUCAUGCAAGCCAGUUCCCACCAGGAAAUGCUGCAUAAAACAGGAAAGAGUUCCCCAUGUAUCAGUGAUGGGCUUGAGGAGUAUCUCCCCCCACCCUGGGUGGGCCAACGUUUGAUAGGUGUGUAGUCCUGCUCACCUGUCAGUAGUUGGCCCAUCAAGGUCAAGAGAGAUAAAGAUUUGCCCCUUUCAUGCCAUAAACGAACCUGGGUCUUAGCAGGAUGUUGCACUGGUGGUGCCAGACAUUGUUUGUUUGUUCAACCAGCUUGAUUCACAUAUGUAUCUUAGAUUUGAUUUUGACCAUCAGAAUUGGACAAGCGUACGCAAUCAUUUUAGUGAUCUCAUUUUGAGUCACCCAGUACCCCCUGAACCAGCCUUGAUAUAAAAUCAGGUACUUCAAGAAAGUGAAAAUGAUUUUUUUUCAUUUGUGAAUUGCUUCCCAUAUGUUUUAAAAAUAAAAACAAUUUCAGAUUUGGUACAGAUGUAGACUGGGAUAAGAAUCUCCAGUUAUAAACCUUUCUGGAAGAGGAAGGUCUUCAUCAAGUGCUGUAAAGAUAAUAAGAGAGGGCACCUGCUGGGUGUUGCAGAGGGUGGGUGCUGCCACACUGGGUCCAGUUCACUGCAGCGUAGAGAUUGGUUGGGUGUCUAAAGGGAGAGACAUUCAUUUAGGCAUUCUAAAGCUGCUGUAGCACUUUGCUCCAGUCAGCAGUUGAACCACAGCGCCUUUACACUUGUUGUUUAGUCAUGUCCAACUCUUCGUGACCCCAUGAACCAGAGCACGCCAAGCCCUCCUGUCUUCCACUGCCUCCCGCAGUGUGGUCAAACUCAUGUUUGUAGCUUCAAGAACACUGUCCAACCAUCUCGUCGUCUGUCGUCCCCUUCUCCUUUUGCCCUCAAUCUUUCCCAACAUCAGGGUCUUUUCCAAGGAGUCUUCUCUUCUCAUGAGGUGGCCAAAGUACUGGAGCCUCAGCUUCACGAUCUGUUCUUCCAGUGAGCUCUCAGGGCUGAUUUCCUUAAGAAUUGAGAGGUUUGAUCUUCUUGCAGUCCAUGGGACUCUCAAGAGUCUCCUCCAGCACCAUAAUUCAAAAGCAUCAAUUCUUUGCACUAGAUUAGACUUAACUUUUGACUUGGGUGUCUUUUGACUUUGUUUCAAGUUGUCUUGAAACGAAGUGUCUGCUGGUGAAAUAAGAGUUUCUUUUGUUGAUGGUUCCCUUUCAGUUACCUGGGAGCUGCCUCUCCCUACGAUGCAGCCAAAGUGCUGGCUAAAAAGGCCGAUACCACCUCCCUUAAAGCUGCUGCUGAGCUGGCUCUGAUAGCUGGAGAGAAAGAUCUGUCAACGAUGUUCUCCUUCAAAUGCGCCCAAGAACUUCUGUCUUCCAAGAAUUGGGUUGGGGCACAAGAUGUCCUCCAGCAGCAUGAGAGUUUGUUGGUCAGUGUGUGUUACUCCUUUUACUGUUGCACCAUGGAUGACUCUGGAGUUGUAUCACCUGUUCAGUCCUGUGCAUUUUUGUUCAGAGGGAGAUACUGGUUAGCUUUGCAAGCCCAAGUGAUCAUUCCUACUCAGGGUAAAUGUGAAAAAGUGAUUUCUUUUUCAAAAAAUCUGAAUUUUAAAAGUGCUCUUUUUAAUGUAUAUUGUGUCAUUUAAAAUAAUUGGUUUAAAUAGUAUAUCUCUUUGUAAUUCAAAUAACUUAUUAAAGUCUACCAUCUUAAUUGCUUGAAAACAGAAUCCAUGACUACAAAUAGAGUUAAAGCCUGCUUUUUCAUGGAAAAGUUAUCAAUAACACAACUUAUGAGAUGAAGUAUCUCAAAUGUGACAAGUUAUACAAUACAGUCAACCAUUCAACAUGGUAAUCUACUUCUUGUUUCAAGUAGAAACACUGUUUUCACAACUAUUAGCACUUGCCUCUGAAGUGUUUAUUAGUUUUAGACACUUCAUGCAGGUCUGCUUAGUUGCUGUACGUGUAUAUAUACAACUAGAGCCAAACAGAAAUCCUUAAGCUACAGUCCAAAUACAUACUUACUAAGAAGUACUCUUCAUUCAAUACAGUGGUCUUAUUUUUUCCUUAUUGUUGUAAAAUCAGAAUUUCAGUUCCUGCCAUAGGAAAAUUCUGCUAAUAGGAAAUACCUUCAUUAUUUAAGUUUCCGAUAAAAUAUUCCUAACUCUCCCAAGAGACAUUUGUAUUUGUGAUGUGACAUCUACCUUUCAGCCAUAUAACCCCAUUGAAUACAUUGCAUCAAGUUUUGCGAGAAACGUUCUGGAUUGCUUUUCCUUUUCUGUUUAAAUGAAUCGGUCCCUGGGUGCCUUGUUCCUCCUGACUAUGGUUUUAAUCUACAGGGACAAAGGCUGGUGUUCAGCGUCAAUGAAUUGCUCCAAAAGUGCCUUGCUGAAAAGAAUCUGGUGGAAAACCGAAGCCCAUCCCUACCUUGCUACCACAGCUGGACAGUGAAGCAAGGCUGCUCUUUCACAGAAAUGGUGGCCGAUGUGUGGCAGAGCAUAUUUGGUGUCGAUACUGCUGAGCAGUCCAAGAACCUGCUUGAACAGCUGAGAACUAUUGAGUAUCCUCCCGCUACUAGCCAUAGUCAUCCCAGGCAGGUAAUUUGCAUGUGGGCUCUGCCUGUAUGGUCUCUCUGAAUUGGAGAGAAGGGCGAGGAAAGGUGAUCUCACUGCCAUGAGUACAGUGCAGAAUUAAUCAUAGUUCUUAGCCAUGCUUUUCCAAAAUGGGUCAAGAAGUUAGUGCUGUAAAUCCCCAUUUCAAUCAAUCCAUUUUGUUCCUUCUGUAUUUAGGAAAAGUACUGGUAGGGCGACUUUAUGCUUCAUGAUGUAUGCAUUGUGUGCUUUGAGAGAGAGCUUGCAUCAGUUUUCUUGACUUGCGUGUUUUCCAUCAUUUGGCGUUGUUUGCUAGGCAGGGGCGUCUUGAAGGAGUGAGCCAAGUGAAGAGACUCUCAUCUCCCAAGGACUAGAUGUCCCACUGGACAUUCAGUAUCCUGUUGAAUUAAGUGGGACUUGCUUCUGAGUAGGCAGGCAUGGAUGUUGCUGAAUAUCAGGCUGGUUCUUUGGUUGCCAGCCCCUUAAGUUAAUGGUGCAAGCCUUCACAUACUGUCUCCUGUGGACAGGCUUGCGUGAUAGUUCAUGGGGUGGAGAGACAGCUAGACAGAGAGAGCUUCAUUUCCUGCUUCAAAACCGUACUUUUUUGGUAAAAACGGUGCUUUUAAAAACAGCCCCUGUGAUCACCACAGCUAAAAGCAUCAAGCCACUUUCUACAGCAGGGGUGGCUACCCUUUUUUGGUCCACAUUGACUGACCCACGGUCAACCAAAGUGUCAAAGUCCACACUCUGGAGCUCCCAGGUUGUCACCAAAUGCAAACUUCACUGCUAAGGAGCAACUGGGGGCAUAUUUUAAGGCUCCUUGUUGUCCCUUUGGAGCCUGUUCCACACCUGACAUCACAUGACACUGGGUCUGGGGCAGAUGCGUAUUACUCAGGGGGAGGAACCAACUUGCGGAAACCAGAUUAAGACCUCUGGUGGGCCUGAUUUGGCCCAUAGGCCAGAGGUUCCCCAUGUCGGAUCUUCAGAAACCUUUUGUGUUUUCACGGUCCCUCCCACCUCACCCCCCUCUCUCUCUAGGUUUUGUUCCAUAUUUCCCACGAUCUCACACUGGCAAUUCUGAGCCAUCAGACUGCUUCCUGGGAGGAGACAGUGAAAGCCACUCUUGCAGCUGUGACCCGUAGCUACGAUGCUGGAAACUUCAGACUUAUGCAAGAAAUCUGCAACCUCCUCCUCCCUACAGGUAUAAAAACUCAUCCCACAUUUAGGUCAGUUUUUAUAUAAAUCCAUUGGAACAGAUCAAGACUUCGAGCCCCCCAACUUACAAAGUUCCUAUCCAAGGAUGGUAUUCUGGUAACUUUCCUAUAAGAAUUUUGCUUUCUUGGAUCCCAUCAUUGGCACCUCUGGCUUCCCUUUUAUUCAUUAAAAGGUCAUAGUUCAAUUUGUCACUUAAGCAAUAUUGAGCAGAGGCUGCAUUUGCAUGUAAUGGGACGCCAAGGUUCUUGGGUUAAGAAACCAUACUCUGCAUGCAACCAUGUUCCUCCAGCUUUGAUGCACGUUGAUAAGCAAACCAGGAAAGGGAUAGCUGUGUUGCAUCAGAAGCUAGGACCAUGAGUUUGUAUCCAUCUCAAUCAUUGCAUACACAGAACAUCUACUGUUGGGGCAUCAUAACUUCCCCUGUGAGGGCACAUGAAGGAGGAGAGGGAAGGAAAUUUUCAUCAUGCUCACAUAAUGAUUUAGUUGGAUACAACCCAUGACUUUUUGCCCUGGUACACCACAAACCGUAAGUUUAGCAGAGAAUUAAAUAUAAUUAAUAGAUUAACAAAGCAGUUGUACUGAACUGUUGAAAGGGAGAGGACUGCUUACGUCCUCCUUGUUCUAUACAGUAUGCAGAUUAUGGAUAAUCAGCGCAGUGUUCUAGAGAAGUUCUGUUGUGUAAACCAAGGCAUUGUUUUAAAAAAUAACUAACAUUCCACUCUGUAUCUGACCCUGAUUAGGCUAGCAUAGUGAGGCAUCUACAAGGCCACUUCCAAUGACACUUCUUGUACAGUGGUGCCCCGCAAGACGAAUGCCUCGCAAGACGGAAAACUCGCUAGACGAAAGAGUUUUCCGUUUUGGAGGUGCCUCGCAAAACGAAUCUGCUAUGGGCUUGCUUCGCAAGACGAAAAUGUCUUGCGAGUUCCUGGGUUUUUUUUUUCCUUUCCCCCCUCUUUUUCUAAGUCACUAAGCCGCUUAUCUGCUUAUCCGAUAAGCUGAUAAGCUGCUAAAAGCCGCUAAUAGCGCUAAUAGCGCUAAUCCCAUCAAUGGGCUUGCUUCGCAAGACGAAAAAACCGCUAGACGAAGAGACUCCCAGAACGGAUUCUUUUCGUCUUGCGAGGCACCACUGUAUUUCAUUUCCACCAGUCAAAAGGGAACUGGCCUCUGCUUAGUGACGGGGAUGUCUUCUGUGUUUUACUUCUUUUGGAUACUACUAAGUUGUAGCUUUGUCACAGAUGAAAAACUGGAGGGUAUCUAGGGGGAGGAAGUUCUACAUUAAAUCACCUGUCAUGUAGUCCCUCCUGAGUGAAUCAGGGCAAGCAGCCCAUCACAUGAAUGCCUUCCUCACUGUGCCAGCCUAGAAGGUAUGGUAAGUGAACCCAUGUUCCUUUCCAGCUGUGCAUAUAUUAUGUUUUGGCAGGUUGCGCUCAUCUAAGAGAGAAGCUGGACAGCACAGAUUUGCAAAGUAUGGCAGCCUGCAAAAGCCUGGAGGCAUUUGUAGCUUAUGGGCAACUAUACGAUCUUUGGUGGAACCCGGAACGUGUGGAUUUGCGUGUCGUGGAACAACCAGGGCUGACCUCGGAGGCUUGCACUUUUGAGCUGUCCACUCCUGGCCAGAGUAACAUUGAAAGAGUCUCUUUGCCUGAAGAAACUGAAGUUGAAGAUCCGCUUUCAAGAGGACAUAACAAUUGCACACACUCAGAGACUGAUUCAGUAGCCAGCUCAAGCCUUUUAGUGGAAAGACAAGCAAAACUGAGGGGCUGUAGAGUGCUCCUUUCAGAAGAAUAUGCUGCAAUCCAAAGUACAAAGAGAGAGAUCUCUAGAAUUCAGCAGACUUUGGCAGACAUGAUCAACCAACAUCAGAAAAACAACCUCCACCAAAGUGCCACCAACAGCCAGGAUUUAGCUGAAUCCCCAGCAAGCCAGAGUCAGAAGUAAGUGGUGCAUUUUAGUGAUGGUAGUGCUCAAAGCUGGCUGUGGAAUCCCAUUGAACUAGGCCCCAAUUCAUAAAUUUCUGUUGUGUGAUAGUUGUAAAAAAAAACCAAGCAAACCCUCAGACCUUCUGACGGUGUGGUUGGGAUUACCAGAUGAGAGAAGUUCUGUUGUACUUGCAGAUGUUGUUCCAUGUUUGCGUUGAUUUAGUUGGAUAUGACACAUGGAAAAGGUGUUAAUAGUCUCUCCACUCAGUGUGAGCUUUUCAGGGAGACCUUGGCUGUGAAUAUUUGAUACACUAACCCUGAGAGAAACCUUUGACACACUUCACAAAAAACUGAUCUGAUUUUUUUGCUGCAUUCCUUUUAUAGUGGUAUUUAUUAUAUGGAAGUCAGUUUCAUAAUGUUUAAUGACACACAGUUAUCAAGCCUUAUAAUCACACUUUAAUUUCUAAGUUAAAGUGAGUGGCAGGUUGGGAAUAUUUAACUUUUUUGUAUUUUUGAAAUUGUGAUCUCUUAAAACUUCUUUACAGUAAGGAACAAGUGAAUGAACCAGUUUCUCUGCUAGAUUUGACAAAACAACUAACAGAAGCAAAUCAGAAACUGGCAGAGUUCCCAGAUAGUAUAAAGGUAAGUCUGACUUUAACAUGGAGCAAAAUCCUUGUUUCCCUGCUUUACUUAACAGCACAAGCUUGUGGGAAACUCAGCCAGAUGGGCGGGGUAUAAAUAAUAAAUUAUUAUUGUUAUAACUUGACAGAAGGAAAUCAAGAGAUUUGAGUCUCCUUGAAGAUAUGUUUGAAGAUGCUUGUUUUGUUGUAGCAGUAGGUGGCUAACCUGUGGCCCUACAGAUGUUAAGAUUCAAUUUCGCCAGGGAGAAUGGGAGUUGUAGUCCAGCAACAGCUGGAGGGCAAAAUCCUGUUUUUUACAAGAUCAGUUGGUUUAAAAAUCUGCAUAGCACUCGUUUCAAGCUACCCUUUCAAUGAUGUCAAUGACUGGUUAGCAAAACAGCUGACUUGUACAGCUUCAAGUUGGAAAAGUGAAUGAAUUCUAAAAUAUGUGACCCCAGAAUAUACCUAUGAGCAAGCGAGUUAUGUUCACCUGAAAUAUGCAGCAGUCAUCACUGAAGAUACCCAUGCAGCUGAAAAGCUGCUUACUGCAGCAGCAGUGUAGCUUUAAUAAUAAUAAUAAUAAUAAUAAAUUUUAUUUAUAUCCCGCCCUCCCCAGCCAAAGCCAUAUUGUGCUCUUUGGAAUAGCACUAAAUCUGGCAAUGUCGUUAUAUUGAUCGUAUAAUGCAGCUGGGAAAUGUGGUAAGAUAUAUCACCUCAGCUUGGAGUUAUACAUAGGAGUUUCCAGUGUGUAAAAAUACAAUUUUUUUUCUUUUUUCCAGGUUUCUCCCUUCCCCGACGUACUUGAGUGCUGUCUUGUUGUGCUUCACAUGAGUGUCCAGCACCAUGAAGUAGUUCCAGAAUUACAGGAGAAGUCAUUAGAACUACUUAGAAAAUACAAAGGAACUCACAUUUGUAAGGACGAAAUAUGUCUCAUUCUAGAAUGGAUGAACAAGAUACUUCUACAUAGUCAUGCCGGUCCGUGAGAGCUUUCUGAAAUAAUGUGCAGAAAGAAAACCCAACCUACCAGAAGUAUCCAUUUUUUUUCUAGUGCUGUCAACUUAUUUUCUAUUUUGAUGCAAUACUCUGUGGAAGGAUUCUCUAAUGUACAUUCUCUAACGUACAUAGUUUCUAUUAACUUUCUGUGCACGACAAUUGACCAAUAAAUAGUAUAUGUUCUAAAAAUGAAAUUUAUUUUUUCAUCACUGCUUUCAUAAGCAAAUUUUGCAAAGAUUUGAGGAUGGAUGCUGCCUACUGCACAAAGGGACCUGCAAGGGCACCUUUAAAAAAUGCUAGUAUGGAUGAUACAAAGCACAGUUUACCGCUCAUCAUUGCAACCUUGUGAAGAUAUCUUAUACCAAAAGUAGGAUGGGGAAUAAAGAAAAAAAACAUGCAUGGAUGGUGCUAAUUGUAGUAUGCAUAUCAAUUAAUCUUGCGUAUAAGGUAAGGCAAGAUAUUCUUGACCUCCCCUCAGUAUACCAUUUUCUGUAAGUACAGUGGUACCUUGGUUCUCAAACUCAAUCCGUUAUGGAAGUCUCUUCGACUUCCAAAACAUUCACAAACCAAGGCGCGGCUGAUUGGCCCCGGAAACAAUGCCAACAGCCAAAAUGGAGGUUUGGCUUCCAAAAAAAUGUUUGCAAACUGGAACACUUCUGGGUUUGUGGCAUUCAGGUACCACUGUACAUUAUAUUUGCCACAAGUCUUAGGAGACCUAAGGAGACAGAAGCCACUAGCUGAGGGUGGGGUGGAAAACAGCAGCCUUUUAAGACCCCCAAAGAUCCCAAAAACUCGCUUGAUAUCACUCAUUGGCUAAAACUACUGAAGGGGGGGGGGUAACUUAUCUCACAGAAAUCAGUUGGCAGAUUAAGGCAUGCUGCCAGCUUUGCUUUGUAGCUUUUGAUCUAGGAGACCUUUUUAAAACACAAUUUCAAAAGAAGUGUGGAAAAAGUCAAAAAGUCUCAUGCCUUAAGAAAAUUCUUUAUUUUACAAAAUUAAGAACCAAUCAUAUAUACAUGAGCAUUUAACUGCAACCAGUGAAUACUUUUACAUAAUGGGGAGUUAUUAAGCUUGUUAAAAAUACCACACUAUCAGGAUUUUGUCUCUCCCUCAAACAGAUUUUGGUUUUCAAGAUUGUAUGAAAAUUGCUAUUAAAUGCACUUUUAGUCUGUAACCAUUUAACAAUUUUGGGUUGCUCUUUAAAGUACUAUAAAAGGGACAUCUAAAAGC